GUCACAGUCCUGCGACGGCAGGUCACGCUGCUCGUGUGAGUGAAGCCGGCUGGGUUAAAAUGUCUGUUUAUCACGACGAGGUGGAAAUAGAGGAUUUCGAGUUUGACGAGGAAACGGAGACCUACUACUUCCCGUGUCCGUGUGGAGACAGAUUCGCCAUCACCAAGGAGGAUUUGGAAAAUGGUGAAGAGGUGGCCACCUGUCCGAGCUGCUCAUUAAUAGUUAAAGUAAUUUACGACAAGGAGCAGUUUAUGUGCGGGGAAGUCAUCGAUGCUCCAACUGCAUCAGAAACCAAACUGGAGGUGGCCUAGAGAUGAUGGAUCAGCAGAUAUAAACUGGUCCAGGUGGUAGAGACUGUUUGGGUCUCUUGGACCUGAUGCCCUCAGCUCCACUACAAAAUGACGCUACUAACUAACUGUAUUUGUAGAACUACAGUGUGGGGAGAUACGACACUUCCAAUCUCUCCGUUCUCUCGCUUUUCAAGACAUUUACAAUGGCAGUGUUUUUGCACAUGGACAGUCAGUUAAUGUUGCUAAUGUUAAAAAGUUAUUUAUUUUAAUGUAGAUGCUCAGUGAAAAUAUAUUUUAUAUAAAUACGUUUCAUUUUACAAUAAAUGCUGCAAAAUUCGAA